AUGCGACCACCUGCGCUUGCGCGUGGGCUCCGAGGGCUUGCCGGUCGCCUCUCUCCCUCGUCGUCGUCGUCCUUCUCCGCCGCCGCCGCCUGCCACUCACCCUCGACCCGGCCCUCCGUAUCACGCACUCCCAGCCUCUGCCGACAGCCCAGCCGCCGUCUUGUCGCCACCAGGUCCAGCUACUUCAGCCCCAACGUGCUGCUCGACGCCUCCGAUGUCUUCCACAAGGGCGUUCUCCUCCGCACAACACCCCCCUCUGCCUCAGCCCCUCUGCCCGCGCCCGACUCGGCAUCCCCACUCGCACCAGACCAACGCCCACCCGUCUCUCAGCCCACGCCGCCAGUCGCGCCGCACCGCCAGAGACAGGCAGCCAGGCGCGCAGCAGCGGCAGCGGAGGCGGCAGCAGCAGCGGGCCCCCAGCCCAACCCGUCGUCGUCUGCCGUCCUCCCCCAGAAUGCCUCCGACACUCUCACCAGCCUCGCCGCCUCCCAGCCCGCCAACUCCUUGCGCCGCCAACUCUCCACCCUGCUCUCUCUCUCCAAACCACGCCUGACCGUCCUCGUCGUCCUCACAGCCAUGGUCCCCUACGCCCUGUACCCGGUGCCCGCCUUCCUCUCCGCCUCGCUCGCCGACGCCCCUUCCCUGUCGCCGCUCACCCUCCUGUUUCUCACCACCGGCACCACGCUGUGCUCCGCCUCCGCCAACGCCCUCAACAUGCUGUACGAGCUAUCUACCGACGCCAAGAUGUCCCGGACACGGAACCGCCCACUGGUGCGCAACCUGCUGUCCACCCGAGCCGCUGUCUUGUUCGCCGCCGGCUGUGGCCUUGUCGGCACAGCUGCCCUCUACUGGGGCGUCAACCCUACCGUGGCCUUCCUCGGCGCCGCCAACAUCGCCCUCUACGCCGGUGUCUACACCCCCAUGAAAGGCAUGCACUGGCUCAACACCUGGGCCGGCGGCCUGGUCGGCGGCAUCCCGCCGCUGAUGGGCUGGGCCGCAGCCGCCGGCGAGAGCGCCACUGCCGACGGCACCUUCCGCGAGCUGCUGUUCAAGUUCACCGGCGACGGCACGUCUAGCGCCGGUGGCUGGUUGUUUGCCGGGCUGCUCUUCGCCUGGCAGUUCCCCCACUUCAUGGCCCUGUCCUGGGCCGUGCGCGACGAGUACAGGAACGCUGGCCUGAAGAUGCUGUGCUGGCUGAACCCGGCGAGGAACGGCAGGGUUGCCCUGCGGUACAGCCUGGUCUUCAUACCCAUCUGUGUGGGCCUGUGCGCGUACGGGGUGACCGAGUGGACCUUUGCGGUGACAAGCCUGCCGGUGAACUUGUGGCUGGUCAGAGAGGCACUCAAGUUCCAUCGCUUUGAGGGUCACAAGGGAAGUGCCAGGGGACUGUUCUGGGCGAGUGUCUGGCACUUGCCUGCAGUCAUGGGCCUCGCCCUGUUACAGAAGAAGGGCAUGUGGCAGAGGGUGUGGGCGAGCAUCGUGGGCGAGCCGAUGGACCAAGAAGAGUGGGAAGAUAUCGAUGACGAGGUCGAUGCUGUCUCUGUCCCGACUCCAGCGAGACUACCCGGAAGGAGCCCGCACGUUCAGGAGAAGGGCCCAUGA